CUCGAAUUCCCCGUAAAUUCUUUCUGAGCAAGUUCUUUUAGGCUUGCAGCUUUCAGGAUUCUGCUGGGCUUUCAUCAUGUUACGCUGCACUCUUCAGCGGGCCAACAACUUAAAACACUCAGACCCUCAGGCCAGUGUCAUUUUCAGAGGUACCAAGAAGAAGACAAAGGUCAUCAAAAACAACCCUAACCCUGUGUGGAAUGAGGGUUUUGAAUGGGAUCUGAAGGGGACUCCUCUGGACUCUGGAGCUGAGAUUCACUGUGUAGUUAAAGAUCAUGAGAAAAUGGGGAGAAACAGGUUUCUGGGGGAGUGUCGGCUGGCUCUCAGAGACGUGCUCAGCUCUCCCAACCUGGCCGCCUCCUUCACCAUCUCCCUGCUGGACACCAAGAGGAACAACACAGGGGCCACGCUGACCCUGCAGGUUGCCUACAUCCCUCCUCCAGGAUUGGCUCCAAUGUUCCAACCUCCUCCUCAGCCAGAGCCUCAGCCUCAUAACAACCCCACUGUGGAGCUUGACACAGUCACAAUGAUCUCUUUAGAUACUUUGGGUGAAGAGGACACGGAGAGCAUGUUGAUGAUUGAGCCCACAGAGGACCAGGAAGCUGACGAUGGACGCUCCAUGGUGAUUGUUGGUCCUCAGGGCCCCCCAGGCCAGGAGUCUCCCACCGCCCAGACGCCCAAGCGUUCACCACCAUCUUACCACACCCAAGGAGGGCUGAGGAAGAGGAAGAGAGGAGCCAGCAGUCAGCCCAAAUCGCUACCCAACAAACCACAGGAUAUACAGAUUCGUGUGCGGGUCAUCGAGGGACGACAGUUGCCGGGUAUCAACAUUAAACCUGUUGUUAAGAUAGCAGUUGCCGGGCAGUCCAAGAGGACCCGCAUCAGAAAAGGAAACAACCCUGUCUUUGAUGAGACUUUCUUCCUGAACUUCUUCGAGACGCCCUCAGACUUGUUUGACGAACCCAUCUUCAUCACCGUAUGCAACUCUCGUUCACUUAGAACCGAUGCCGUGAUUGGUGAAUUCAAGUUGGAUGUGGGGACUGUCUACAGUGAGCACAGGCACUGCUUCUUGAGGAAAUGGCUGCUGCUCUGUGACCCUGAUGACCUCUCUGCUGGGGUCAAAGGUUACCUGAAGGUCAGCUUGUUUGUCCUAGCAGCUGGAGAUGAGCCACCGGCUGAUAAACGUGAGUGUGUGGAGGAUAAAGAGGAUAUCGAAUCAAAUCUGUUGAGGCCUGCCGGUCUGUCUCUGAGAGGAGCCACGUUCACUCUGAGGAUCUUCAGAGCUGAAGACCUGCCUCAGAUGGAUGAUGCCUUCAUGGAUGGGAUGAGGCAGAUUCUUGGGUUUGAUAGCAACAGGAAGAACUUGGUGGAUCCUCUGGUGGAGAUUCACUUUGCUGGCAAAACGGUCUGCACUAAGAUUUUGGAGAAGAAUGCCAAUCCACAGUGGAACCAGAGCCUGGCCAUGCCUAUUAGAUUUCCCUCCAUGUGUGAGAAGAUGAGGAUCAGAAUUCUUGACUGGGACAGAGUCAGUCACAACGAUGUUGUUGGCACCACCCACAUCUGUAUGUCCAAGAUCUCCGCCCCUGGAGGAGAGUUAGAUGAUGACUUGACUCCACGGAGCGUCCACUCUGGCAUUGACGACAGUCUCGGUUUCCUGCCGACGUUUGGCCCGUGUUUUGUCAACCUGUACGGCAGCCCCAGAGAGUUCACCACCUUCAACGACCCCCACGAGGCUCUUAACUUGGGAAAAGGGGAGGGUGUGGCGUACCGAGGCAGAGUUUUACUGGAACUAAGCACAAAGCUGGUGGACAAGCCGGAGCAGAAAACUGAAGACAUCCCGGCAGAUGAUCUUUUGGUGGUGGAGAAGUUUCUGAGGAAGAGGAAGUUCUCGCUCUUUGUUGCGUUUUACUCGGCCACGCUCCUCCAGGACGUUGACGACGCCAUCCAGUUUGAAGUCAGCAUCGGCAACUACGGCAACAAGUUUGACUACACCUGCCUACCUCUGGCCUCCACCACCCAGUUUAGCAGGGCAGUGUUUGAUGGUUGCCACUACUACUAUCUCCCGUGGGGGAAUGUUAAGCCGGUAGUCGUCCUCUCUUCAGAGUGGGAGGAUAUCAAGCCAAGGAUUGAGGCUCUCAACAUGCUGCUGGCUAUCAUAGACAGACUGGAGGUGAACCUGCAGCGGGUGCAGCUGGAAGUGAAGGCAGGCAGCGACCUGGAGGAGGUGGAGCUCAGAGUGGUUGAGCUGCUGGAUCAGGUCAUCACAGACUGCAGUGAGGAGCUGCCCUCUCUGGACCAGUGGCAGUGCGCGACGCCUCUGGAUCGCUCGCUGCGGCACGUUCGAACCCUCCACCUGCAGCAGAUCGUCGCGGCGGCGCUGGCUUUAAAACACGGUCAGGAGACGGAGCUCUCCACGGUGCUGGAGCAGGCUGAGGACUGGGCCAACAGACUGAGGAUGAUGGCUGAGGAGCCCCAGAACAGUCUUCCAGACAUUGUGAUAUGGAUGCUGCAGGGCGACCGCAGGGUGGCGUACCACCGCAUCCCAGCACACACAGUCAUCUUCUCCCAGCAGCACUGUGGGAAACACUGCGGCCAGCUGCAGACUGUCUUUCUUAAGCACCCACAGGGUAGCGGCGGAGAAGCCAAGCUUCCCGGUCAGCUGAGGGUCAAAGUUUGGUUUGGAUUGGCCGCUGAUGUGAAACACUUCAACGAAUACACUGAAGGAAAACUGUCUGUCUUUGCUGAGACGUACGAAAACCAGACUCGGCUUGCUCUGGUGGGCAGCUGGGGAACAACAGGUUUAACCUACCCCAAGUUCAGUGACAUCACCGGGAGAGUGAAACUGCCCAAAGAGAGCUUCAAACCCUCACCUGGCUGGACCUGGGCUGGAGACUGGUAUAUUAGCCCUGAGAAGACACUGCUGUUUGAUGUGGACGCUGGUCACAUGACCUUCACAGAGGAGGUGUUUGAAAACCAGAUGAGGCUACCAGGCGGCCAGUGGAUCGGCAUGCCAGAAGGAUACACGGAUGUGAACGGGGAGAAAGCGGUGCCCAAGGACGAGGUCGAGUGCCCUCCUGGUUGGGUGUGGGAGGAGGUGGAGUGGAGUGAGGAUCUCAACAGGGCUGUAGAUGAUCAAGGCUGGGAGUACGGCAUCACCAUUCCCCCAGAUCGUCGUCCCAAGUCGUGGGUGCCGGCAGAGAAGAUGUACCACACCAACCGACGGAGACGAUGGAUACGGAUGAGGCGACGAGACCAACAGAAGAUGGACGCUCUGAGAAAGCAGCGUCCCGACGAGACUGAGAGGGAGGGCUGGGAGUACGCCUCGCUGUUCGGCUGGAGGUUCCACCUGAAGCCCAGGAAGACGGACAGCUUCAGGAGGCGCAGGUGGAGGCACCGCAUGGAGCCGCUGGAGAAGACGGGGCCGGCAGCCAUCUUUGCUCUGGAGUGUUCUCUGAGCAGUAUAGAGGACAAGAAUGAAGACAAGUCAGUAACAACCACGUUUGGAGUCAACAGGCCUACCAUUUCCUGUUUCUUUGACCGUGGCACUCGCUACCAUCUGCGCUGCUACCUGUAUCAAGCCAGAGACCUGCUGGCGAUGGACAAAGACAGCUUCUCAGACCCCUACGCCAUCGUAUCGUUCCUGCACCAGUCCCAGAAGACGGUGACGGUGCGUAACACUCUCAAUCCCACCUGGGACCAGACACUCAUCUUCUAUGAGGUGGAGAUUUUUGGCGACCCCGAGGUCACGGUGGCCAAUCCUCCCAAUAUUGUGGUGGAACUCUACGAUCAGGACACAUACGGAGCUGAUGAGUUCAUGGGCCGCUGUGUGUGCCAGCCCUCACUGACUCGCUCGCCACGCCUGGCCUGGUUCCCGAUUCGCAGGGGGAACAAGAACGCCGGCGAGCUGCUGGCUGCCUUCGAGCUCAUAGGCAGAGAAAAGCCGUCACUUCACCAUAUUCCAGGUCAAGAGGGAGAUAUCCUGACCUCCACCCACGUCUUAGACGAGCUGAUGUUUCCAGGAUACCUCGUGGAAAACCUGCAGCAAUGGCCGGAGGAGUCUGACCUUCCAUACCCACCACCUCAGAGAGAGCCAAAUGUCUUCAUGAUUCCUCAGGGAAUCAAACCUGUUCUGCAGAGAACCGCCAUCGAGAUCUUAGCCUGGGGCGUUCGGAACCUGAAGAGCUUCCAGCUGGCCAGCGUUACCUCCCCCAGCCUGCAGGUGGAGUGUGGAGGCAGCAUGCUCCAGAGCUGCGUCAUCCGCAGUGUAAAGAAGAAGCCCAACUUUGACGUUAACACGCUCCUCCUUGAUGUGAGUCUAUAUGUGUCUCUAUGA